AAAAGACUGACAGAACGGUCCGUUCCGUUUCCGUGUAGGACUCGUUUUUUUCUGAGAUGUGGGGAUGCUUCAAUCUGAAAAUUCCCCUGUGACAGACCUGUCUGAACUUAUUCAGCCAGCUGGGCUGGGUGACCGCUGCUGAACACUGCUGAACAUGACCCAGCCCAACGUGACCCUGGUGACCGCCAACCUUAGCGGGGCCUGGGCCAGGGCCGGUAGCGACGACCUGGGGUAUGGAACAGGAAACUUCUACCGUCCGUUCUCGGUGUUCAGCGUGCUAACCCUCACCCUGCUAGCCAUGCUGGUGGUGGCCACCUUCGUGUGGAACCUCCUUGUUCUCCUCACCAUCCUGAGGGUGCGGACCUUCCACCGCGUGCCCCACAACCUGGUGGCCUCCAUGGCCAUCUCGGACGUGAUGGUGGCCGCCCUGGUCAUGCCCCUGAGCCUGGUGCACGAGCUCAACGGACGGCUAUGGAAGCUGGGUCGCGUGCUCUGCCAGGUGUGGAUCUCCUUCGAUGUGCUCUGCUGCACGGCCAGCAUCUGGAACGUGACGGCCAUCGCCCUGGACCGCUACUGGUCCAUCACCAGACACUUGGAGUACACGCUCAAGACCCGCAAGAGGAUCUCCAAUGUGAUGAUCGUGCUUACCUGGCUGCUGUCCUCCGUCAUCUCCCUGUCGCCGCUGUUCGGCUGGGGGGAGACCUACUCGGAGGAGGGGAUGGAGUGCCAGGUGAGCCAGGAGCCCUCCUACACUAUCUUCUCCACCUUCGGAGCGUUCUACCUGCCGCUGUGCGUGGUGCUCUUCGUCUACUGGAAGAUCUACAAGGCGGCCAAGUUCCGCAUCGGCUCGUGUAAGACCAAUACCAUCACGCCUAUGGCUGAGGUGAUUGAGGUGAAGGAGGCGUCGCGGCAGCCCCAGAUGGUGUUCACGGUACGCCACGCCACCGUGACCUUCCAGACGGACGGCGACACGUGGCGCGAGCAGAAGGAGAAGAAGGCGGCGCUGAUGGUGGGCAUCCUGAUCGGAGUCUUCGUCCUCUGCUGGAUCCCCUUCUUCCUCACGGAGCUCAUCAUCCCGCUGUGCCACUGCGACAUCCCGCCCAUCUGGAAGAGCAUCUUCCUGUGGCUGGGCUACUCCAACUCCUUCUUCAACCCGCUUAUCUACACCGCCUUUAACAAGAACUACAACAACGCCCUUAGGAACCUGUUCUCCCGUCAACACUGAGGCUGGGGAUGAGGGCUAAAGGACAAAACAGAACAUGCCAAAUAGCGGUUAAAAUCAGCGGGUGGCCAUCCAAUUGCCUCUGACCACAGAACAUUGGCCAUCAUUUUCUGUUAAUUUAAGACUACGGCUGAGUCUGGGGCUGAGGCUGGGGAUAAGGCAGAGGCUGAGACUGGGGCUGAGGCUGGGGAUAAGGCAG